CAGUGGGAACAGCAGCAACAACUUCUUCCCUCGGUGCGCCAGUGGGUCCAACCUCACGGCCAAGUGGUGGCCCUGGUGGAAGCAGUGCCGUGAGAAAUCCGCGGGAAACCUCCGUGGACAGCAGUCGGACAACGAAUGAACAGAGGGAUAGCGGGAAUUACAUGGCAGCUACCUUUUUCUCCUCGACGCAGAGUAGUCAACAACCGCAACAGCGGCACUUGGAUCAAAGUGCGUUUUUGUCAUCACCCAGGGAUCCGGAGACGAUUGAUGAGUCCAGCCCCGAUGCCAGGCUGAUCAAAAUGCUGAUGGCGCAACAGAGAUUAAGCAACACACUGCAGCAACUGUUGUUAGCGAACCACAAGCAGGCGACAGCCAAUCCUAGAAGUUUGUCAAAGCAGGGAAGCAAAGGCAGUAACACAUCGACGCCUGCGAAUCCCAAUUUGGCCACCAGAGACAGUCGAGAAGGCGACACUGCAGCGUCUACGCCGG